GUAGAUUGGGUACUAAUUGUACGUGGAAAAUGUUGAAUGGCACUAAGGUUGGCUAAAAAAUGUUUGAUUAUUGUKAUUAAAAAUACUAUUUAYCCYCUCUUGGCAAUUGCUCUGUACAUAAUGGAUGCAGUGGAAGGUAUUAGGCAAAGAAAAAGAACUCAGCUACACGAAGAAAAGUAUGAAAACAUUCAGAAAAAGGAGAAAGAAGCUCCAAGGCUUUCACAMAUCGACCCUGGGUCGUACUGGUUGACAAGAAUUGUAUUUUUGCGCUUUCUUGGAUUCAUUUAUUUUACAGCCUUCCUUGUUGCAGCAAAUCAAAAUAAACAGCUUCUAGGAACCAAUGGUCUCCUUCCAGCUGAUACAUAUUUACAAAAUAUAGAAGAACACUUUGGGGGGAGGGGAUGGGAGACAUUCCUGAAAGUACCCACUAUCUUGCUGUUUUCUGAUUGGUCCAAAAUUGAUCAGCACCUUGAUGUAUUGGCGUAUUCAGGCAUGGCACUGUCUGGUUUUGUGGUCUUGUCAGGCUGUUCAAAUAUGGUUAUAAUGUUUGUUUUGUGGAUUUUAUAUCAUUCUAUAUCAAAUAUUGGACAGACGUGGUACUCUUUUGGUUGGGAGUCUCAGCUCCUUGAGACAGGUUUCCUUGCUAUUUUCAUGUGUCCUGUAUUCAAGCUACAGAAAGUUCCUCGCCACACCCCCACCCCCUGGGUAGUAAUUUAUGGCUACAGAUGGUUAAUCUUCAGGAUUAUGCUGGGAGCUGGAUUGAUAAAGAUAAGGGGAGACAAAUGUUGGAGAGAUCUGACUUGUAUGAAUUACCAUUAUGAGACGCAGCCUGUUCCAAAUCCGAUAAGCUAUUAUCUGCAUCAGUCGCCUGAAAUCUUCCACAAGUUUGAAACUCUCAGUAACCAUUUUGUUGAACUGGCUGCACCAUUCCUUCUCUUUCUUCCUCGUCCAUUCAGAAUCACUGGAGGGAUUAUUCAGAUUGCAUUUCAGGUAUGUGCAAUUAAGAGUUAAUUCAUCCCCAAAAUAAUGCACUUGAAUCAUUCCUUUGUAGUUGAUAAGAAUGCCUAGUGGCUGCAGAUAUAGGCUAUGCUGCAAUGCUAUUGUGGACAUUUUAUUAUAGUUUAAUAGGCCCUGUACUGCUGGGGGUCAUAUCACAACAUGAUAUCCAGAAA